UCCGCGGAGCAGUGAGUGUUAAAGCGAAAACAGCAUCUGCCAUUUUGCGAAGGUGUUUUAAAGAUUAUUUAUUAUCGUGCAUGUUGUGUUCGGGACAAUCGGGCGUAGCGCUAAGUUUCCGGAGGACCCAACAAAUGUUUAAAUGGACGCAUCGUCCAUUAUCACACAAGUGUCAAGGGACGACGAACAGUUAAACAGUUAUCCUCCCGAAAAAGGAACGCUACCGAGGACUGAAAAUGACAUAUCAGAGGAGAAAAUACCGACGAGUAAUAACAAGAAGAGCAACAGGGGCUUUUUCAGGUCCCUGUUCUGCUGUCUGGGGCGGAAGAGCACCAAGAAAACCAACGCGGAGCAAUGCGUCGACGGUAACCAAUACAUACCGGGAAGCAGUUGCACGUACCUCUUACCGCCCGUCCGACACCAGGAUAUGCACAAGAAAUGCAUGGUGAUUGAUUUAGAUGAGACUCUUGUUCACAGCAGUUUCAAGCCGAUCAGCAACGCCGACUUCGUAGUACCAGUUGAGAUCGACGGUACCGUUCACCAGGUGUAUGUGCUGAAGCGGCCGCAUGUGGACGAGUUCCUGAAGCGUAUGGGUGAACUUUACGAAUGCGUCCUAUUCACCGCUUCGUUAGCGAAAUACGCCGAUCCGGUGGCCGAUCUGCUCGACCAAUGGGGUGUUUUCCGGUCGCGUCUCUUUAGGGAAAGUUGCGUUUUUUAUAGGGGAAAUUACGUAAAAGAUUUGAAUAAAUUAGGACGGGAGUUGCAGCAAAUCGUCAUCGUGGAUAAUUCGCCGGCUUCCUACAUAUUCCAUCCAGAUAACGCUGUGCCAGUAGCGUCGUGGUUCGACGAUAUGAGCGACUCGGAGCUUCUGGAUCUGAUUCCCUUCUUCGAGAAGUUGAGCAAAAUGGACAAUGUGUAUACAGUGCUGUGUAAUUCCAAUCACCCAUAUAACAGUAGUGUGUCACAAAAUGGCCCUUCGAACCUAGCCAGUAUACAGAAUAACUACUCGCCGCCCAAUACGUAGCGAAAAGUUCCUCGAGUCAAAUUUAUUGCCAAGGUCGUUUUCUAUUUCAUUCAUGGUUUUUGUUUCGGAGAGUUCGAUUUUGUACCGACCUGGUAAUGUAUUUAUUACAUUACGAAUAUUAUGGAUAAGUGUAAAUAUGUAGGUAAAAAUAGUAACAUAUUUUUUAUUAAGUGAAAGAAACAAAAGUAUUCUAUCCCGCUUGAAAAGUUACCGAAAGCUAUAUUUAAAAAACAGGUAUUUUUACACGGACGUUUUUAUGCUUUUUUUGCUUUUAUCAAGGGACCUACGAAGGCGUAAGUCCGAAUAGACGGAGAGAGAAUUAUAGAUAGUAGACCACAUUAAUCUGCAUUUUUUUUUCUUUAAUUUUUUUAAAAAGUUAAAUACUCAAAGCAUUUUAUUUUUAUCGACGGCGAUUAUGAUAGUAUAGUCGAGUGUGUUUCGUAUUUGUACUAGAGACUCGUAAAACAAAAAGCGAUAGAUGUGACUAAACAAUCAAUCAUAUCUCGUUUCGAGGUGAUGUUAUUUGUGGGAACAAAUCGUUCCAAUUGUUAACAGUGGCCUUAAAACAAAUAUCUGAACUUUUUUGAACAUUUAUGAAAAUUUUACUGUAGAUCCGUCACUUCUACAGGAAAACCGCUCGGUGACGUUAAAACUAUGCCUUCAAGCAUCACUGAACUGUCAAACAAUGGCAGAUUAUUGCAAGAUCGGUUUGUGUAUUCAGUACAAAAAUUUUAUUUUAAAUCUUAUAAAUUGUUUGAUAAGUUUUAAAGUAAAGUUAGUCGGUUUAAGUUAUAUUAUUUUUCUUGAUUUAAAAUCACUGUACAGACAUAUAUGUUAUUUAGUAAUAUAUUCUUACUAUUAAGAUUUUAUUAAUAUAUUAUAAAUGUAUAUUUAUCCAUUGUAUUGUGUGAAAGUUUAUUAUUUUUCAAAUAAGCAAUAUUUUAUCUGCCUCACAUCCAACAUUAACGGACCCUUUAAUUAGGUUAAGGUUUUUAUAUCCAAAUUAACCGGGUUUGGUUUUUAGAAACAGCAAUAGUACAAUGUGGGGUGAGAAUGGUGUAAUUUAGCUAAUUAACAUUAUUUUUUACAUGAUUAAACUAAUUUGUUGUUGUAGAGAAUUAUCAUUAUUAUUGUUUAUGUUGAUAUAUAGUAUACUUGUACAUUUAAACACUUGUACAAAAAUAAGUGUUUUCAUAUAAUUGUCAUGUGAAUACAUAUGCCUUGAUUUGUAAAUAAAAGCCUGUCAUUUAUACC